UUUGAAAUAAGAUGGAAGCUAAGGAUAACAUUACAAUCAAAAUAGAGCGGUUCAAGGAAACAAUGAACCAUAAUCUCCAAGAAGUCGCUCAGUCAAAACAACUUUUGAUGCCAGAUAACCAGGUGGAUUCCGAUGAGGAACAAAUGGUCUCACUUUCUCCCUUUAUGAAGCAAUGUAAUUCUGUAAGGUCAAUUACAAGCAGUGACUCGGAUGAUUUUGAGAGGUCAGAAUCCCCUGGAACCUUUAAUAUCCACAAUAGCCCCCUUGUCAGGAGUCGGGAAAUCCUAGAGAAAAGGAAGGGAAAGAGUACAAGGUAUAAUCCUGACUUACUCCAAAAGUUAUUUGACUCUAAACUCAAAGAAAUUAAGCCGUUUUUGAAUAAAGAAAUCGGAAAGCAGGACGAAAGGAUCCGAUACGUCCUAGAAACUUUGUGAAAGGACUUUCUGGAUAUUCUGAUUUAUGAGAAGCCUCGAGAUAUUUCAAUGAGCUACAUUAACCUGCACAAUUUCGAUAAAGCCCUUGUUGAGAUGAUCAAGAGUCAUAAGUAUAAAUAAAAUGGGCAAAGAAAUAGAGAAUAUCGAGGGAGAUUUAAAAUAAGGAAUGCAUGGACCUACUCUGAACUAUCAAUUUUGAGGACCUAGACAAGGACUCCCCCAUUUCGCCGACAACUCAUAAGAAUACUGAUUUAAAUGAACUCUCAAAUUUUGAACUUAAGGUAGCUAAGACCUUAAGGGAUGAGAUAAUUCCUUCUCCAAUUAAGAGAGUUAAUUCUUCAUUGCUUGACAACAUUAAAAUGGCACUCGAGAAGGCAACCAAAAGGAUCAAACAGCAAGACGAGCAGUUCAGAGAUAUGAGGUAUAAAUAUCUCAAAGAACUCCAGGCUUACAGAGAUCAGCUAUUCAAACUUGAGAACUAUCCUGACAACUUCGAGCCAAUGGAUGUGAAGUACUUCACAGGACUCGAGAUCCUUGAUGAAAAGACAAGAGAGAUCCUUGAUAAGAAGGUAAAGACAAUUACUGAGGAUUACAACUUCAAGCUGCUCAGGAUUCAUACUCAUAACAUGAAGCUUGAAGAUAAGAUCAAGAAGUUCGAGUUACUGUGAAAGGGUAAGAAUGUUGCUAUCUCAAUCAACGAGCUCAACGCCGAUGAUAUCGUGCAAAAGCUGUCAAUUGUGGAGAGCGAUGCUCUUCCCAUAUGGGAAGGCUUCGUUAAGCACUAUGGCAAUGGCUUCUUCAACAAAAUGAUCGAGAAAGAGUUCGGUAUUAACCCUGAUACCCACGAAGAGAUUGGUAAUAAAUUUGGCCAAGAGGUCAACAACAUCAGGCUUGAAAUGAUCGAAAAAUUUGAAAAACUAAGUAAAGAGUCUAAGGAACACAUUGAUCAACUAAAAACCAAGCUCAGACAAAAGCAGACAGAGAUGCUAGCUUUAAGAGAAAACCAGGAAGAAGAAAUCACCAAACUUCGUGAAACCAUGAAGAAAGAACUCGAACUGUACUUUAGCGAAGAGAAAGCAGCUGAUUUUAAAAUCUACGAUGCUGAGAAAAGUGACCAAUACAAGAUCAUAAAAGAUCUUGAGGACCAACUCAAGGAUUAUCAAGAUGGGAAAUCUCCAAGAAAAAUAGCUGAAGCAAAGUCUAAGGCCAAAGCAGAAGAGUUCAAGAAUUUUCUUUCUCAAGUAAAAGGAGACAGUCCUCGAAAGGAAAAAUCAAAACCUUCUGUUGAAGAUCAAAAAGAAUCGAAAGAAGAACAGAUCACCAAAAGCAAGGAUUGGCCCUUACCAAACCAAGAUAUUAUAGAUGACCUUAGGGAAAAGAAUAAAGAGAUAGAGAAAGAGAUGCUUAACUAUAAAUACCUAGCAACCGUUGGGGAGAAAGAUCUUAAAAGGGUGAAAGAUAAAUAUAAAAUUGCAAUGAACGACAUCUCGUUCCUUAAAGAUACAAACGACAAGCUCAGAUCUGAGACCGACUCAUUUGAUAACAUCUUAUCAUCUUUGCAGAAUGCGAACAAGGAGAAUUCAGGAUAUGUCUCAGCGCUAGAGUCUGAUAAUGAAUCAUUAAAAUCCCAAGUAAAGAAGCUUACAUCCAUAAUGCCACCAAACAGACUAGCAUUACUCGAUAAGCAGAGUCCAUUUGCCAUUAUAAACAAGCAGAAACAGAAAGCUCAGUUUCAAAUGAAUGCUAAUUAUCUCUCAACUCAAAGAGCCUUACUUAGAGAAGCAACUAUGGGUAGAGGAACCCAGACUGAUAUCUGCGGAACAGAUCAGGAACUAGUCGGAACAGUCACUCAAUCUGUCAAUAUUGAUGUCCCAGUUUUCGAAAAGGAAAUCCAAGUGGAAUUUGGAAAACUUGAAACAACCGAAGCCGAAGUCGAAACUGAUCUUAAAAUUGAAGAUAUUAGUCACAAAGAAGAUCAGAUAAAGAAAUUAAACGAUGAGAACUUCAAGCUUGAGAAAGAAGUCUCUCACCUAAAUGACCUUGCCUCUGAAAGAGAGUCUGAAUUCAAUGCUAGCCUUAAACGGAUCCAUACUCUCGAACGAACCAAAGGGGAACAAGUAGAUAAUGAGAAUAACAUUGCCCUGAAUGAGUGUGACAAAAUCGAUGAGGAUAGUGAAACUAGUAUCUCCCCCACUUUCAACAGAACAAAUGAUAACCUGCAAGAUCAUAAGAAAGAUGAAGAGAUUGUCAAUAAGCUUGACAAUAUCAUCCAGACCAGCGAUAGAAGAAAAAGAAUGAGGAAGAAUGUUGAGCUAAACCAACCUAACACAGGCCAAGUGAUGGAGAAGUUUGACCAACUAUACACAAUUUGGAAAAAGAAAUUUGAAGCAACAACUAGCGACAUGAAAGAUGAUGAGGUUGAUAUCAAAGUGCCAACAACAAUCCCUGAGGAGUUUAACGAAGUGUUACAACAAGCCUUGAGCCAGAUUUCAUUCCCUCUUGCUCCAGAGCAACUGAAUUAUAGCACUAUAUCUCAUUUACCUAACAAACAGAAUUAUGACUUGACUGAAUCGGCUCAUAAGAAUUCGUAUUCUCCUCCUGGAGGUCCAAAGAUUGAAUGGUUGCCGAAACCUAAAAAGGCAAGAAAAAGAGUAAAAACUAUUGUAAAAAGGCCAGUAUUUAACAUUUUUCCAUUCAAUCUCCGCUGGAUGGAUAAAAUAAUGACCAACGCUCAUGAAAAAUCAAAGCUUGUUCAGAAUGUAGCUACACAGACUCCAUCCGGACCAGAAGAGUUUGAAAACUUGAUUUCAUCCCAAGAUGUUAGUCUGAAUAUCGAGAAUAAUGAUAUCAAUCCUUACAAUUAUGAAAGAUCUUCUAAGACCAAGACUGUACAAUGAAGUCCCACAAUAAAAACUAGGCACAUUAAGAAAUCCAAAGCUGAACAUAACUUAAGCGUUAAUCGUUCAAUUGACAAUCCCACAACUCGCGGACCUAGCGCCAUUGAUGGGCUGAGGAGUAAAUACAACCACAAAAAGUCAAAAUCCAUUAGUAAAAAUUCCAAUAUGUACCCAGCGACAUAUACUAAGAAAUCCAAGCUCUUCAGCAGACGGACUAAGACCCUUCUUCAAAACCAGUUUGAGAAAGGAACUUACAAUGAGUAUCAAAAUCAGAACUCCAAGAAAGGCCAAAACCCAGAAAGUUCCUUCAGAUAUACCAACAGCCAGCUCUUUGAUGAAGAAAAUGAGGAGAUUCUCAGCAGGAACUGCGAUACCUCUAUGUCAAUCAGAGAGACUUCCAAGGGUAAAGGUGGCCGCAGGAGUCAGGUCUUUAUGAAGAAUAUGCACAUGAGCUACUAUAAAUCCCUAAAUCAAACAGUUGCGAAUAAAAAGAACAGAAAACCAAGCAUAAAGCAUAUGGCUGUCGGAGGCAAGAAUAUAUUCAAACCAAGAAUCAUGAAUGAUGGCUCCACAGGUAGAGAGAAUAAUGUGGCCGAUGCUUACCCUCCUAAGAAAUCUGCUGAGAUCAACAUGAAUCUUAUUAUUUCGAAGAAGAAAAAGAAGAAUAGGAGAAUUAUCCAGAACAUCGAUGAUAACCAACCAUCAGCAAGAAAGUAUCAACAAUUUACAAAGGAAGGAGACCAGGAAGGAGGCCAUACAACAGAUGAAAGACCUAUAACAGCCUUAGCAGAAUCUGAAUUUUACACUAAUACAGUUCAGUAUCCCCCAGCUGAAUCUGAUGGAAGAAAAUCCUCUAUUGGGAUGGAUAAUGAAGAGAUGACAUUUGUAGGUAAAGAAGGCUUAUUUGGAGAUGUUUCACACAAAAGAUCCAUUUCUCAGAUAAACCAUGAUUAAAAAUGCUUCAAUCA